AUGUCGACCAAUGAUGAGGUAUCUUCACCCCCUGAUGGUCAGUUAUCCCUCACCACGGUAUCCAUCAAGCUUCCCACCUUCUGGACGGACUCCCCUGAGGUGUGGUUCCUUCAGGCUGAGGCCCAGUUUGCGAUCAAGCGUGUGACGACUUCUCUAACCAAGUUUCACCACUGUGUUGCAGCCCUUCCCCAGGACGUUGCCACUCGCCUCAUAGAUCUGAUCCGUAAUCCAACUUCAGAUCCCUAUGCAACCCUGAGAACCCGCCUUAUCCAGAUGUACACUCUCAGUAAUUUCCAGAGGUAUCAGGCUCUCCAGAGUAUCCCGGUUCUGACUGAUCAAAGACCCUCAGAACUCAUGGAUAAAAUGUUAGUACUCCUCCCUGAAGAUGAGAAACCUGGUUUCUUUUUCUUAGGCCUGUUUAUGGAUCGUCUCCCUGCAGAUAUUCGUUCCCAUCUACUGACGGAAUCGAUUGCUGACCCUAGACGGAUGGCUACCAGAGCAGACGAACUAUGGACCGUUCGUGGAAGAGUUAAUGCCGUCCAUGCAGUUUCGUCUCAAGACUACAGACAGAUGGAGGAUGUAUCGCUGGUAUCUCAAAGCUCCAGAACCAGGUCCUCUUCUGGUCGCACUAGAUCCAGCAGUCCAGGUCGAUCUACAUCCUCAUCUACCUCCUCAGAGUGCUGGUAUCAUCGCAAGUGGGGAAACCAGGCUAACCAGUGCAGGUCGCCAUGUUCUUUUUCGGGAAACUAG